AUGGAUGUGAAUGAACUUGAACUACAUCCAAGAAUAUUGGAUGCGAUCAAAAGAGCUAAAUUGACAGUAGAAAAGACACUCUGCCUUUCAGCAGCAGAUCUUUCGAGGUUAACAAAACUGUCGACCAGUGAUGUUGGUCAUUUACUCUACGAGGUAUCUAAAAGUGUUCCAAGAAUCCCCAUGGCUAUAGCUCUUGAUAUAAAAGAAGAGAGAUGUCAUGCAUCUUUGAAGGUUCGUUAUGUAAAGACAGGCUGUGAAGUUUUAGAUGACUUCCUUAGAGGUGGAAUCCUAUCACAGGGAAUCACAGAAAUAGCUGGUGAAAGUGCUGCUGGAAAAACACAGUUAUGUAUGCAGUUAUGUUUAACAGUACAAUUACCCUGUCACAUGGGUGGCUUAGCUGGAGGUGCUGUGUACAUAUGUACUGAAGACGUCUUUCCCAGUAAACGACUUCAUCAGAUGAUAAAGUAUUUCAAUAGAAAGUUAGGACCUGAGUUAGAGAUGCAAUUGGCAGUGGGAGAUCAUAUUUUUGUGGAACAUGCUUCAGACCAGCUCACUGGUAUUUCACAAUUUGUUUUUGUUAAGCAGGAAAGUUUAUGGAAAUGUAUAAAUCAGCGAGUCCCUGUACUGCUUGCUAGAGGAAUGGUUAAAUUCAUUGUCAUUGAUUCCAUUGCUGCGUUAUUCAGAGGUGAAUAUGACUUCAGUGAAGCUGCCAAAAGAGCUCACCAUCUCAGAUCAUUUGGGGAUCAGUUACGUAAAUUAAAUCAGCAGUACAAUGCUCCUGUAGUGUGUGUUAAUCAGGUCAGUGCUAAUAUGAAAGGUGACAGUGAAUAUGGACGCUAUGAAUUUAUCCCAGCUUUGGGACUUUCAUGGUCUAAUUUAGUAACUUGCAGAUUAUUACUCUCUCGAACCAGUAUGACAAUAGACAUUAAUGAUCCAGACACAGGAAACAAUGCUGUUGCUAAAGUUCGAACAAUGGAGGCAAUGUUUGCACCACAUUUACCCAGAGAUUUGUGCUAUUAUGUCGUUGAUGCCAAGGGAGUCCAUGGACUCAGGUGAUGACAAUAUGAACAAUAUGGUGCAUUUAUUCCACAGUUCUGCUCCAUAACUCAUAUAAGUCUUUUACUUAUGAGAAUCCAUCAAAGUGUCACAAUUAUGUUAUUGAAUAUUACACUAAGGAUUGACCACCUUAAUCUUUUAUUGAAUUUUACUGGUACAUCUACAUCAAGC